AUGCUAGUAUUUGAUGACAAGGAGACCAAGGUAGGUGAGGAUCUAGAAGCAAUCAUUAUCAUGAAAGGUGCCGAAAGAAAGCUGACCACUGAAACACCAACGGAAAAGAAACAAAGAAAGCAAAAAAUCAAAAGCCCUCAUAUCACAGCAGAAGAUUAUAAAUUGUGGAACAACUGUGACAGAUGGGAAGCAGAAACAAAGAAAAUUGUUGAAGCAGUGCUAAAGAAGCUGGAGGAAGUCCACCCGAAUGAUCCUAAUGAAGGGAACUUGCUGCUUGCCCUCAAAAAAAAGAUGCAACAGUUAAAGGAGAAAUGUCUUCAGGAGAACAUUUACAUUGGGGUCUUUGGACAGUCAGGGGCUGGGAAAAGCUCCCUCGUGAAUGCAGUUUUAAAGGAGCAGUCUCUGUUGCCCACAUCAUCGUCGGGAGCCUGCACAUCAGCCAUAAUAAAGGUGCAAUCUUACAGAAGUCGCAAGUUUAAAGCAGAGAUUCAAUUCCUCAGCGAGCAGGACUGGAAUGAUGAAUUGAAGCUUCUUGUUGAGCUUUGUGAGAAGGAGGACAAUGAUGAUGAAGUUGAUGAUGAAGAUGAUAAGGAUGUUGAAAUGGCAAAGAAGAAACUGCAAACUAUGUAUCAAGAUUAUGGACCAGAGAAAAGCUAUGAGGAGCUAAUAAAGAUGAACGUUUAUCAAGAUAUCCCCAAAAGUGGCAAAAAGAUUUUUUCUGAGGACACUGCACAAGGGUUAUCCAUGAAGUUAGACCCUUAUAUUCGGAGCCGAUCCUUUCAAACAUCCAAAGCAUACUGGCCACUUGUGAAAUCAAUCUCUGUUUAUAUCCCCAAGUGUCAAAUACUGCCCGAUGGAGUAGUUCUUGUUGACCUUCCAGGAUCAGGCGACAGCAACAAAGCAAGAGAUGAAAUGUGGAAAACGGAUUUUAGUAACUGCUCAUCUGUCUGGAUUGUGUCAGCGAUUUCUAGGGCUGUUGAUGAAAAAAUAGCGCAUGAUAUUUUUGGUACAACUAUAAAAUGUGCUACAAAUGGAGGAAGAUGUCAUGACAUUGCUUUCAUCUGUACAAAGACAGAUGAUAUAGAGUGGCAAGAAUAUGCAAGAGAACAGCAUUUAACUAAUGAAGACAUGAACUUAACUGAUGACGACCAGCUGCUGGAAAAUAGCGUAAAGCAGGAACGAUACUGCAUCAGACAUCGCAACGAACAUGUAAAGAAGACUAUAAGGAAACAAUAUGAAGCGAAAUGGACUAAACAGAUGACAAAAGGAUCUACACAAUUGGAGUUUUCAAAAGAUGAUCUGUGUGUCUACACUGUGAGCUCAAAACAAUAUUGGAAGUCAAAUAAUGAAACAUUAAGCCACAUUGCUGCAGAAACAGAAAUACCAAGUCUGAGAAAACACAUCAUCAACUUGUAUUUGAAAGAAAGAAAGAAAGUGGUGUAUAUCUAUGUGUCUGAAGUAUGGGGGAUGCUGUUCCUUCUUACAUCACUCAACCAAAAUAAAGAGAAUGACAUCCUGAAAAGCAGAUUCAACAUCAUUAGUAAAGAUUUGCAGAAGGGAUUGGAAGCUUUUAGUGAACAUCUGGAGGCUGCCUGCAAAACUCUGCAGGAUUAUCUCAAAGGCGGAGUUCAGGAAGCUGAGAAAACAUGUGUGCAAGUCAUUAAACAAUGUACAGAGCUGCCAGGUGUGAAAAAUUACCAAGGUUUCCACAGGACACUGAAGGCAAUAUGUAGGAAUUAUGGGGUAUACAACUCAGCCAAGUUUGGGCCAUUCAACAUUAACUAUGAUCUGUCAAAGCCCCUCUACCAGAAGAUUGAUCAAUUUUCUGAAAGAAUCUUACAGUUUAACAAAGGUAGAAGAACUUCAAUGAAAGGACAAUUUAAUAAAAUUAAAUUAUCGUUGACAAACAUCAUUGAUGAGCCUCUGCCCACGAAAUCUACUGCAGAAAAUACAUGGCUUUGGAAAUGCCGACAAAAUUUCAUGAAAACUGAGCUCACUGCAUUAUUAAACGACCUGACAAGACAGAUAAUUGACAGGAAGCAGCAUAUUUAUAAUGCAGCUGUGUUGUCUGUUCAACAUUCAAUGAAACCAGCAUACGAAGAAGCUGCACGAAAGAAAGGUGUUGGAAUUGUGCCUUUCAUGCAGAGAAUAUUAAAUGAGCAUGUUGAACAACUGAAAAAUAAGCUUUUCAAAGAUUCAAGAGCCAGUGUGAUGGAACAAUUCAACAACAUGAAGGAGAAAUUGGAGGAGGAAGUCCGUGAAAGAAUGAACAUCAUCUUGAACCUAGGUUUCUCCCAAUGGUCUGGGCAUAAUCCUUUACCAGAUUUUCAAAAUGAACUCAAAUGGAUAAAUCCAACCUGGGAUGAAGUGAAAGACUCAUCAGACACUGAUUAACCGUUUUGGAUCUUUGUUUUUUUGAAGUUAAUAUUGUAAUAAUACAGCCUUUUAAAAAAGAAAAAGUUAUUUCUUAUUGUUUUUGUAAAAAAUUAAACUUAGUGGAAGAUAGAUUGUACUCUUUUCUCUGUAGUAAGUAUAGCCUCUUUUAGAUAGAUACUAAACACAAUAUUCCAGCUGUAAUCUCCUUAUGGCCCAUGAAUUGUUGCUGUACCUACUUGCCUACUGUCAUUGACUAGUAUACAAGGUCACCUAGAUCCAUUUGUAUAUUCACACUUACCAAAACAUCAUUUUAAGUAUUACUCUUCCUUUCUGCCUUUAACACUGAAGCGUUUAACUUCACAUGUAGCCACAUUGUGUUGCACCUUCCUGCACUUGGCCCAUAUCCCUCCAAACCUUUUCUGUUCAUAAACUUAUCCAAAUGUCUUUUAAACAUUGUAACUGUGCCUGCAUUCAUCACUUUCUCUGGCAGUUCAUUCCAUACACAAACUACUCUGUAGGAAGAAAAAUUGCCCUUUUUGUUGUUUUUAAAUCUUUCUCCUCUCACCUUAAAAAAUAUGGCCACUAGUUUUGAACUCACCCACUCUAGGGAAAAGACCUUGUCAUUCACCUGAUCUAUGCCAAUUGUGAUUGUAUAAACCUCAAUAAAAUAAAAAAAUAAAACUUUAACCUCCUGCACUCAAAUAAUAAAAUCCCAGCCUUUCUAGUGCAUUUUUAUAUCUCAAAACCCCCCAUUCCCAGCAACAUCCUGGUAAAUCUGUUCUGAACCCUCCCCAGUUUAAUAAUAUCCUUCCUAUAACAGAGCAACCCACACAGUGCUCCAGAAGAGGCCUGAACAUACUGUACAAUGUCAGCGUAACACCCCAACUCCUACACUCAAAGGCCUGAGCAAUGAAAGCUGCAUGCUCAACACCUUCCUAACCAACCUAUGACACACAUUUAAAUAAUUAUGUACCUGAAUUUCUAGGUCUCUCUGUUCUACAAUACUACCGAGGGCCCUACCAUUAAUUGUAUAAGUCCUGCCCUUGUUUGUAUUACAAAAAUACAAUACUUCAUAUUUAUCCAAAUUAAAUGCAUCUGCUACCCCUCAAGCCAUUGACCCAAUUGAUCAAGACCUCUUUGUAAUCUUAGAUAAUGUACUUCACUGUCUGCUAAAUCACCAAUUUUACUGUCCUCUGCAAACUUCCUAACCAUGCCUCCAAUAUGCUCAUAAAUCAUUUAAAUAGGUCCUGGAGAUUUAUCAAUCCGUAUGUUUUUUAAGAUCUUCAGUGCUUCCUCUCCUGUAAGGAGAACUGUUUUCAAAACAUCAAUAUUUAUUUCCCCGAGUUCUCUGGCCUCCAUUUCUUUCUCAACAGUAAAAAACUGAGGCAAAGUAUUAAUUUAAUAUCUCUCCUAUCUCCUAAGGUGUAACACAAAGAUGACUUUGAUGAUCUUAAGGGGGUCACUCUCUGUCUCUCUCUCUCUAGUUGCUCUAUUGCUUUCAAUGUAUUUGUAGAAUAUUUUUGGAUUAUCUUUAACCUUAUCUGCCAAGGCAGUCUCAUAUUGCCUCUUUGCCUUCCUGAUUUCCUUUUUUAAGAAUGCUCUACACUCUUUAUACUCUUCAAGAGAUUCAAUUGAUUCCAGUUGUCUAUAUCUAAUAUCUGAUUUUUUUUUUUUAUUCUUGAGUAGAGCCUCAUUAUCUUUAUUCAUCCAUUGUUCCCUCAUCUUACCAGCCUUAUCUUUCAGUCUCAUAGGAACAUAAUGCCUCUGAACUCUCAUCACUUUUGAAGGCCUCCUACUUGUCAGUCACCCCUUUACCUGCGAUCAGUCUACUCCAAUCAAUCUUUGAACAUUCUUGAUUCAUACCCUUACAAUUUACCUUACUCCAAUUAAAACUUUAACUUUUAUGGAGGACCUUAUCCUUUUUCAUAAGUAUUUAAAACUAAUAUGAUUAUGAUCACUAGUCCCAAAGUGUUCCCCUACUAGCCACUUUGGUCACUUUUCCUGCCUUAUUUCUCAAGGUCUGCUUCUUCUCUAACAGGAACAUUUUCAUAUUGAUAAGGAAAAUUUUCCUGACCGCAUUUAACAAAUUCCUCACCAUCCAAACCUUUAACACCAUGGCAGUCCUAGUCAAUGUUUGGAAAAUUGAAUUCUUGGAAAAAGACCCACUCUCUGUCUGUCAACCGAUCUCAAUCCAACCCGAUAUAUUAUCCCUUAUCCCAUGUGCUUUAACUUUAUCCUUCUCUCUUGAUGGAUCUCAUCAAAAGCCUUCUGAAAAUCUGAAUACACCACAUCCACAUUCCUUAUCUAUUCUACCACUUAAAUUCUCAAAAAACUUCAAUAGAUUUGUUAAGCAUGAUGUGCAUUUCAUAAACGCAUAUUGGCUGUGUCCUAUUCUAGUAAUGUUUUCCAAAUGUUCUGUUAUCAAAUCUUUUAUCACAGGCUCUAGCAUUUUACAUACUGCUAAUGUUAUGCUAACUAGUUGGUAUUUUCUGUUUUACUCUCCCUCCCUUUUUAAAUAGUGUGAUAACCUUUGCCAUCCUCCAAUCUGUAGGAAUUGCUCCAGAAUCUAUGGAAUUUUUGGAAAAUGACCAAUGCAUCCAACAUUUCCAGGCCAAUUUCCAUUUGUACUCUGGGAUGUAAUUGUUAGGUCCUGAUAAUCCGUCAAACUUUAACUCAAUUAAUUUUCCCAGUAUUAUUUACUUACUUAUACUGAUUUCCUUCAAUUCUACCCUCCCACUAGACCCUUUGUUCCCUGACUUUUCUGGGAGGCUAUUUGUGAUCUUUUUAAUGAAGACAAAAUCAAAGAGUGUGUUCAAUUCUUCAGCCUUUUCUUUGUUCCCUAGCUUAUAAUUUCCCCAUCUCCUGACUGUAAAGAACCUACAUUUGUCUUUGUCAAUCCUUUUCUCUUUGUGUACUUAAAGAUACUUUUAGGGUCAGUUUCUAUAUUCCCUGCAAUUUUAUUCUCAUGCUCUAUUUUUCCUCUUGUGGUCAAACUUUUUGUCCUCUUUUGCUUAAUUCCAAAGAAAACUCCUGAUCCUCAGACUUGCUGCUUUUUGUCACCAUUAUAUAUAUUUCCUUUUUGGGUCUAAUACUGUCCAUAAAUUCUUUUGUAAGGCAUAGUGAGUCACCUUUCCUCUUUAGACAGGAAUAAAAUUUGUUGAAAUUCGUGCACGCAUUCAUUAAAUAUGAACCAUUGCCUUUCCACCAUCAACCCCUUUAUCCAUCAUUGCCAAUUCAUACCUCAGACCCUCAUAGUUGCCAUUAUUUAGAUUCAUGACCUUAUUUUCAGAUUUGACUAUUUCAUCUUUGUUACGAAUUCUAUCAUAUUAAGGUUGCUCCAAGAUACCUCACACAACAAACCAUUUGAGGCUACUACACUGAUAAUGUGCUGAUGUGGUUUUUAAAAACAAAAUAUUAAGAUUGCUGUAAAUCUGAAAUAAAACAGAUUGUGUUGGAGAAAUUCAACAGCACUGCAGCCUCUGUUUCUCUCCACACAAUGUUAAUGUUUCAAGUCUAAUGUGUUUCUACUUCAGAUGUGGUUUUUUUUUUAAAAUUGCUUUUUUGUGUUUUUUUAUUAUUCCUUAGACUUGAACUGAAGCAAAAUGAAACACAAUGAGAUGUAAAGACAUGAAGCUUGGUAAUGAUUGAAUGAUUAAAAGGCCACUGGUUUUAAAGUGUUCCUGUAUUUUGCUGAGAGAA